UGGCCAGAGCGGCCAGCAGUUCUUCGCGGAAGACGGUGCGGGUAGGCGAUGGCUGAGACGCGCGCAGAGCUCCGCGCGCACGAGAUCUUCACUACGCUGGAAUACGGACCGGUGCCCGAGAGCUACGCAUGCGCAACGGCCUGGCUGGAUACUCAGGAUCGGUGCUUGGGCCACUAUGUCAAUGGGAAGUGGUUAAAACCUGUGCACGGGGACAUAGUGCCAUGGUGGGACCCCAUCUCAGGAGAGAAGUUGGCCACUUGCCUCCAGGCACAGAAGGAGGAUGUGGCUGCAGCAGUGGAAGCAGCUAGGAACUCUUUCCUGAGCUGGAGCAAGCUCCCUGGAGCUGCGCGUGCCCAGCACCUGACCAGGCUGGCCAAGAUGAUUCAGAAGCACCAGCGGCUGCUAUGGACCCUGGAGUCCCUGGCGACUGGGCGGGCCAUUCGCGAGGUUCGGGAUGGGGAUGUCCCACUGGCCCAGCAGCUGCUGCAGUUCCACGCAGUCCAGGCGUACACCCAGGAGGAGGCGCUGGCAGGCUGGGAGCCUGUGGGCGUUGUUGGCCUCAUCUUGCCACCCAAGUUCUCCUUCCUUGAGAUGAUGUGGAGGAUUUGCCCUGCCCUGGCCAUGGGCUGCACUGUGGUGGCCCUUGUGCCCCUGGCUUCUCCGACACCCCUCCUCCUGGCCCAGCUGGCAGGGGAGCUAGGAUCCUUCCCGGGGAUAAUCAACGUGAUCAGUGGCCCUGCCUCCCUGGGGCCUGCUCUGGCCUCCUGGCCUGGAGUCCAGAAGGUGGCCUUCUGUGGAGCCAUUGAGGAAGGACGUGCCCUGCGACGGACGCUGGCAGGUGAGGGGGCUGAACUGGGCCUGGCGCUGGGCACAGAGUCACUGCUGCUGCUGACAGACUCGGCGGAUGUGGACUCCGCUGUGGAGGGUGUGGUGGAUGCAGCCUGGUCUGACCGCAGCCCGGGGGGCCUCAGGCUCCUUGUGCAGGAGUCUGUGUGGGAUGAAACCAUGAAGAGGCUCCAGGUACGCAUGGGCCGGCUUCGAGGUGGCCAAGAGGUGGAUGGGGCCGUGGACAUGGGCGUCAAGGAGCCUACUGCCUAUAUCCUGGCCCGGAACUAUGUGGAGGAGGCCCGGAAGCAGGGCGCACAGGUGUUCCAGGCUAGUGAGAUGCCCUCAGUUAGCCCAUUCUGUCCCCCAACCUUGAUCACUGGUCUGCCCCCUGCCUCCCCAUGUGCCCAAGCAGAGGUGCCAUGGCCUCUGGUCAUGGCCUCCGCUUUCCGCACAGCCAAGGAGGCCUUGGCCAUAGUCAAUGGGACGCCCCGCGGAGGCAGCGCCAGUGUGUGGAGUGAGAGGCUAGGGCUGGCGCUGGAGCUGGGCUAUGGGCUCCAGAUGGGCACAGUGUGGAUCAAUGCCCAUGGCCUUCGAGACCCUGCAGUGCCCACAGGCGGCUGCAAGGAGAGUGGGUCUUCCUGGCACGGGGGCCUGGAUGGUCUGUAUGAGUAUCUGCGGCCCUCAGGGACCCCUGCCCGCGUGCCCUUCCUUUGUGAGAAUCUGAACUAUGACACCUUUGGCCUUGCUGUGCCCCCAGCCCUGCCAGCUGGUCCAGAAAUGGGGCCCAGCCCAGCACCUCCCUAUGGACUCUUCGUGGGAGGCCGUUUCCAAGCCCCUGGGUCCCGGAGCUCCAGGCCUAUCCAGGAUUCUUCUGGCAACCUCCAUGGCUAUGUGGCUGAGGGUGGGGCCAAGGAUGUCCGGGAUGCUGUGGAGGCCGCUCACCAGGCUGCUCCUGGCUGGGCAGGCCAGUCGCCAGGAGCCCGGGCGGCCCUACUGUGGGCUCUGGCAGCUGCCCUGGAGCGCCGGGUCCCCACCCUGGCGUCGAGGCUGGAGAGGCAGGGAGUGGAGCUCAAGGCAGCCAAGGCGGAGGUGGAGCUGAGCAUUCAGCGACUUCGGACAUGGGGAGCCCAGGCCCAGGCCCAGGGCCACACCCUGCAGGUUUGAUGGGAAUGAAUCAUGGACCAGUGUCCCGGGGCACCACUGGAGUGCUCAGGAAUAAGGCUGAUAGAAGGAUGCCGAGCCCCUUGACCUGUCCCCAUGUCCUCCUCCGUAAGUAGCAUGCAGUUGGACAGUUUUACAGUUGUGAUCAGUCUCAUGCAUUUGUGAAAACUAACUGAGUUAAGCGAUCAGUGCCUGACAGACAUCCAAGGACUCCAAAGAUGUCUCCUCACGGCCGGCCAGUGAGCACGGGAAAAGACCCUGAGGUGGAGCCCUGCCCAGCACUGAUGGCACCUGGGUUCCAGCUCCGCACUGGAAAGGGGGGGGGGGAAGUCAGGUAUGGUGGCACUUGUCUGUGAUCCCAACUGCUUGGGAAACUAAGGCAGAAGGAUUGCUUCAGCCCCGGAGUUCAAGGCCAGCCUGGGCUAUACAGUAAGACCCCCACCUUAAAACAAAGAAAAAGUAAUUCCUGGGUUUUAACCCAGGAAAUGAGAGCAUAUGGCCAUACAAAGAUUUAUAUACAGAUAUUCAUCAUCAUAAUGUUCUCCACUAUCUAUAAAAACCUAGAAAUGAAGCAACCAAAACAUCCCUCAUUGGGUUGAUAGAUAAACAAAUGUGAUACACCCUGGCAUUGGAAUCCAUCUCUGGAGACCACAAAUAUGCCACAACAUGGCUGGACACAUGCCUGUAAUCCCAGCCCCUUGGGAGACUGAGG